AUGAUCCCUAUCCCAGACACCCACCAAUACAAGGGAACCUGCCAUUGCGGCCUAUCUCAAUUUGAACUACAUCUUUCCCACCCUUUAAAAACAGUGCAUGCAUGUCGUUGCACCCUCUGUGCCAAGAAGGGGUACCUGUGGCUUUUCCCUGCUGAAAAAGAAUUUCAAGUUACACGGGGGGCUGGGGAGUUGGUUUGCUACUCUGGUGAUGGGAUUCAUGGAGAGCAUAUGUUCUGCCCGACUUGUGGAACGGGAAUAUUGGUUCGUGGACAUGAGAUGCCGUCCGGGGAGGUUGGAUUAGGGGUUAAUGCGCGGGCGUUGUUGGGGGUAAAUCCGUUCAAGUUGAGAGUUGAGAGCUAUACUCCGCACAAUACAUCGCACGGUAGUUUUCCUACAGAACCCACCCACAUCGACACUGAAACCCCAUCUGAGAAGAUCUACACCGGCAGCUGCCACUGCAGCGCAGUCCGUCUCUCCAUCCAAACCAAGCCACUACUGGAGAUCGAAGUGAAGGAGGAUAAUUGCAGUAUUUGCCAGCGGAACGCAAACAUCUGCAUAUAUCCCCACCGAUCACAGGUUACUCUCCACGGCGAAGAGAGCUUGACUGAGUACUGCUUUGGACGGGGCUUCACCGGACACCAAUUCUGCAACAUAUGCGGUGUGCAAGUGGGUAUGAAGUUGCAUGGACCGCCGCAGUCGGUGGUGGACAGUCUUCCGCCGGAGAAGCAGGAGAUUGUCAAGGAGAAGUUGGCUAUUGUGCCGAUACGAGUGGCGGUUUUGGAUGGGGUUGAGUGGGCGGAAUUGAAGGUGGAGAGAACGGACGAAGGGACGGAGGGGUAUUUUGUUGGCUGA